AUGUCAACCCGACGCACCCCCUUCAAAAACGUCCUCCUCAUCGGCGCCGGCGGCUCCAUCGGCCGGUACAUCCUAGCCGCCCUCCUCGCCGAACCGACCCUCACCACCACCGUCCUCACGCGCGCCUCCUCCCAAACCACCCUCCCCACCGGCGUCCGCACCAUCACCAUCCCCGACGACUACCCGACCGCCUCCCUGACCACCGCCUUCCACAACCAAGACGUUGUCAUCUCCUGCCUGACCACGCUCUCCACGUCGGACCAGUUCCGCUUCGUCGACGCGGCCCUCGCCGCGGGCGUGCGCCGCUACGUGCCCAGCGAGUAUGGGCUCAACAAUGCGCGCGCCGAUGCCCAGGCGCUGAACGUGGUGUUUCGGGAUAAGGGCGCCGUGCAGGCGUAUCUGCGGGAGAGGGAGGGCCGGAUGGAGUGGAUGGCGGUGAGCUGUGGGAUGUGGAUUGGGUGGUCGGUGAGGAAUGAUUUCUUGGGGAUGCGCGUGCGGGAGAGGCCGGGGAGGGUGGAGGUGUGGGAUGGGGGGGAGGGGAGGUUUAGUGUGACGACGGAGGAGAAUACCGCGCUGGCGGUGGUGAGGGGGCUGGUGGAGAUUCCGGAGGAGACCAAGAAUCGGAGUGUGUUGGUGGAGGAGUUGGUUACGACGCAGGCGGAGCUGUUUGGGGAGAUUGAGCGGCAGAGGGGGGAGAAGUUGGUGGUGGAGGAGGUGGAUAGUGUUGAGAGGAUUGCGGAGCUGCAGGCGGCGUAUGCGAACGGGGAUAAGACGGCUACGUAUGGUCUGAUCGAGGCUGGCUUUGUGACGGGGCGGUAUGGCGGUGACCUGGCGAAGGAGGGGGAGAUAUUUACUGAGAAGCUGCGUUUGCAGAGGCACUCGCUCCAAGAGGUUGUGGCCAGCGCUCUGGCUAGCCUCUCGUAG